CUGAAGGUUACAAAAAAAAGUGAACAACAGUAUUUGUAUCAGUUGUAUUUUAUACUCCGUGGUUAGACUAUAGUAUCCGACACUAGCAGAUUUUUGAUGAGGUUUGUUUUCAUGUAGGAUUGAUUUCCUGAAUCAAUACUUCAUAACACGGAAAGUUGAAACUUUAAAACUGUUUUUAUUACAGCAUUCAAAUAUUGUAACGACUAUCAAAUAUCAUUAUAAAGACAGUAUGUAUUAAAAGGAUAUUUAAAUUUAGUCAAAUUGGAGUUAAUCAGAGAAGAAAACAUUUGACGAUCAGUUCAAUCUUUAGAAUAAAAGUAAAGAUUUGAUUUUAUGAUAAUAAAAGAUAUUAAAGUGACAUUUUAUUUGUUGCGAUGUCGUGUCACCGAAUUCCAAACAUAACCAGAUAGGAUAACAAGAAGGUCGCGUUAGUUUAAAUUCGUCUAACUAAUACUUUCGAUAUGGGAUACGGAGUUCAUAGAUUUGUCAGUGCUAUAGAUCCUAAUCUACUCUGUGGAAUCUGUAGUGCCGUGUUAGAAGAUGCUGUUCUAACCCCGUGUGGACAUACUUUUUGUGCAAAAUGUUUGGAAACAUGGCUUAACAAACCGGGUACAAAUACUUGCCCAGAAUGUAGGAGUUUAAUGAAUAAGUGUGAUUCCAAACCUGUGUUGUCACUUCGUAACCUCAUCAAUGGGUUUGAUGUUGUAUGUGACCAUAGUGAUCGGGGAUGUAAGGUACUUGUUAAGUUAGAUAGGUUAAACUCUCACUUGGAGUCUUGUAGUUAUUUUCCUGUGGAAUGUGCAGGAUGUAAUCUGACGGUGAACCGAUGUGACCUAGCUGACCACCAGUUAGGAUGUGAAGGGAUAGCAGCGGUGGUACAGGAACCAGAAGAAUCAAGAGGCGUACGUAGACUACGAUAUCUAAAAGCAGGUGCUUCAAUUACCUCUAAUGAAGUAUCAGAUCUCCUUUAUAGAAUAAGCUCAUUGGAAUUUCAAAUUAAAAAUCUGAAACGGGAUUUACAAAUCUCUGAAUCUAAAAACAGACUGAUGGAAAGAGAGUGUCGUAAAAUGAAGGAUGAACUUCAGAUCACUAAGAAUGAACUGAUUGACAUGCAGUUUGCAGAAUUCGAUCCAAACUAUGAUUACGGGUACACACCACAGAGUAUUGCUAAACUUUCCUUACUGAUCUCAAGAUUCUUAUUAAAGAAACCAGGGUACAUCAACGAAGAUAAGAUUUUCGAUGCUGUUAAACGAUGCUAUGACCAGUAUUCGCGUUGUGGCAGUGAGUAUGAACAUGAUGUUCAUAUGUUGCUUGCUACCUCCUUUGCCAGUGAUUGGUUUAGUGAUGCGCAAAGGAUACAUUAUCAUUGUUGGCUGCAAAGUAUAUGUAGACAGAGACAAUUCGCGGGGAAAACUUUGAAGGAUUCUAUAGAAAACCGACGUUCUUAUAUGUACCGGGAACAUAAGUGAUACCACAAUAUGAUAUGUACCUCAACAAACAUUUCACAAAUAAUACCUGUUGCUGCUUAUAUUUUAUGUUAAAUGUUCG